ACCGCUCUUACUUGUGGAGCUCAGUUGGACGCACCACUUCGACUAAGGCAGUCGUGUCCAAAACGUACAUCAUGAUCGUCAACGUGAUUUGGACCAGCUUGUUAGUCUUAAGUACUUUGACGUUGGCCGUUUUGAGUUUGCCAACGACUUCGAUUACCGAGGAAGUCAACAACAAGGAUGAUUUCAAUCCGGAAAUGGACGAUGACGUGCCAGCCGAUCGUUACCUUACUCACGAGGAAAUGAUAACUUGGCUUCAGAGUAUAGCUCGUCGUUACCCAAACAAAGCUAAAACUUUUUCAAUCGGAAAGAGUGAGGAAGGACGCGAUCUUCUCGUACUAGAACUGAGCCAUUCAGUUGGUAGGGGUGAACGUGAUCUUCUGAUGCCUAUGGUUAAAUUGGUUGGCAAUAUCCAUGGAAAUGAGGUAGUUGGACGUCAAUUAUUGCUUCGCACUAUCUCGCAUUUGAUUCAAAAAGACAACGUGGAUCCACACGUCACUCGUCUUUUGAACACCACUGACAUCUUCUUCUUGCCUUCCAUGAAUCCUGAUGGCUUCGUUAAAGCCCGAGAAGGUGAUUGCUGGUCAGGUGGACCAGAAGGAGGCCGUUUGAAUGCCAAAAACAUCGAUCUCAAUCGUGAUUUUCCCGAUCCGUUAAAACCAGAAGAUAAAUUACUUAGAAGCCAAAGUGAACUGUUGCAAAACAGGGCUGCCGAAACGCAAGCUCUCAUUCAGUGGAUUAAGAACAAUCCCUUUGUCCUUUCUGCCAGUUUGCAUGGAGGAGCUGUUGUAGCAAGUUAUCCUUACGACGGCUCUGGCACUGAUCAAGUUCAAGGCUUUUAUAGCGCUUCUCCGGACGAUAAGGUAUUCCGCAAGCUAUCCCAAGAUUACGCCGAUCGUCACCCUCUUAUGAAGAAAGCUGAUACCUGUGAUGUCGGAUUCGCAGACGGAAUAACGAACGGAGCUCGCUGGUACGAUCUUAAAGGCGGAAUGCAGGAUUUCAACUACCGCUACUCGAACUCUUUUGAAAUCACACUGGAAUUGUCGUGUUGCAAAUAUGCUCCUGCUUCGGACCUGCCUGUUGAAUGGGAUCACAAUCGCAAACCUCUAUUAAAUUACAUUGCCUCUACGCAUCACGGAGUACGGGGAUUAAUCAUUGACAAAGAUACGAAACGACCCAUCAGAGAUGCGUACGUCCAUGUUCUCGGAAUCGAUAAGAACAUCACUUCCACCGAAAGAGGAGAAUACUGGCGUCUGUUGAGUCCUGGCAGAUACACAAUCCAGUCUUUCGCUGAAGGAUACAUACCUAGUGCCAGCCGGAGCAUCUCAAUUACAGAUAUUUAUACCGAACAGGUGAAUUUCGAAUUGGAAUCGAAAUUACCCAAGAAGACCAAUCAGCCGUCUCGUUUGUAAUUAAUUUAUGCUGUAACGACAUCCGAAGGGCUGGCAUUUUACGCUCGGAUUGGGUUGAACGAAGAUUGGGAGUUAUUUUCGAAAAUGCAUGCCAUUAAAUAUCGCCAAUCUCUUGAUGGUGAAAAAGUUCAUUGGUGACAGAUAAAAAAAAAAAAGUAAAA